AAUGAUGAUGGCUUCCCAGUGCACGGAGCAAGCCGUGGAAGAGUUCCUGAUGGAGAGGGGAGGGAGGGUCCAACAGAUGGAGCUGAUCGAUCAUUUCCUAUCAGACCAGGGAGAAAAUGACCAGUCGAGGGAAGGGGUGGAUCGCGAGGUGCUGAAACGCAUCGUGGACAGCGUGGGCUUCGUGAAGGUGGAAAACGGUGUGAAAUUUGUGUGUUUAAAUACUGGAGGCAGCGUGGAGUCGGUGAUGCGUACGGACGCCGACGGCUGCGAUCAAGCGGAGUGCAACGGCAAUGUCCGGGAGACACUGGACAACAGUGUCAACGGCAACCCUGACAACGGAGACCAAACAGGAGUACCCAGCCCACUUGGCUCAGGCCUGGACAACGACAAACAGUCAAAUGACAAUGAGCAACCUGCAACCCCCUCCCAGAAUAAGGCCAACGCAGGGACACCUACCUCUGGUGGAGGAGGGGAGGUGAAGCUGAGGGAUCGGAGGAGGCGAGAGUCAGCCCCAGUUAUUGGGGUGCCAGACCUGGACCAGGCUCACCCUGGGUGGUCCCACAGCCAGCAGGUGAGAGGGGCACGUAGGGUGUCUAAAGGCUCCCAGCGGGCCAUGCUGACCAGCUGCCUAUCUGAAGACAGCGCCCUGGAGGGGCUGGACCCUGUUGGAGAUAUCAACACGCCCAAGGGAAGUCGCAGGAACUUCAUAGAGCUGAUGAUGAGUAGUUCUCCUCAGGUUCGGAGGUCUCUGAUCAACCGUGGCUCACGCCUCCGGGACUCAGUGAGGAGUGAUGGCGAUUCAUCGUCACUCCUCUCCUCAGCCACUGAUGAAGACUGUGCGUCAGUGACUCUGGACCCACUAGAGCACGAGUGGAUGCUGUGCGCCUCAGACGGCCUGUGGGAAAGCCUGCAGCCCCUGCUGGCUGUCGAACCCAGCCUAGUGGCCAAGCGAGACUUUGUGACCGGCUUUACCUGCCUCCACUGGGCGGCUAAGCAAGGCAAAGCUGAGCUGCUCUCCCAGCUGCUGGCCUUCGCCAAGGAGAAUGCUAUACCCGUGAAUGUAAAUGUGAGAUCAAGUGCUGGAUACACACCGCUACACCUGGCGGCCAUGCAUGGACACACACAGGUGGUUCGUGUAUUGCUGUCAGACUGGGAGGCAGACCCUGAGGCUCGAGACUACAGCGGGAGGCGAGCCAUCCAGUACCUUCCCCCACCGCUGGCCGCCAACCUGCAGGAGGAGGGAGUGGUCACCUCACCUGGGGCCGAGUCAGACAGCGAAAACACUAAUGGCAGCAGUGGUGGAGGAGGGCGCGGCUGGAGGUUUCCAAGAGUCCUCCAGGGCAACCUGAACCCACUGCGGCUACUGAACCCACCAGCUGAGGCAGCAGAGGAGGCAGCCGGGACUGGGAAAACUAAAGGGGGCAUGCAGAGGAAGUCGUCUCUGAGCCGGCUGAACGCCCGGCUGCACCGAGGGCGCCACCGAGCCCAGAUCAUCCACAGCGCCUCCUUUAGGGACACGGGGGAGGUGGGAAGAGGAGAGGACCUCCCGAGCAGCCCUCUCAGAACCCGACCACUGUCCAACCUGUUUGGAUGA